CGAGUAGCCGCGACGUUUUUGGUGACGCCGUUACCGUGAGAACCGAAUACCGUGACUUCCGCUGCACUGCGGCCACUUGACGCAGCUGCUGCGCUCGGCUGCGCAUCCCCGAACGCAACUGUCGGGAAAAGUAAACGGAGCGGGAGACGCGCUGAUAGAACGGAGGGCAGCCGCUUCCAGGUGAGCGCGAUCAGACGAGGAGUGUCGGUGGCUGAAGGCGGACGCUGAACCGGGCACCGAGCGGCUGCGGCGGAGCGCUCGCUGUCGGUGGCGACUUGUUCUGGAGUUGUUUGCGUUCUCACACGCCCCAGCGGCACCGAACGCACCGGAGCAGCGUGGACUCCUGGGUCGCUGGAGCCCUUUGUACGCGCGUGUGUGGAGACCCACGUAGGCAGAGCGCGGCCGCCGCGGGGGGUGUCGCUGCUGCUGCUGCGGCUGCUGCUGCUGCGGGCUCGGCGCGUCUCCCUCGCGCGCACCGCCGAACUCGCGGCUUCCACCUAAAUGAGCGACUGAAGACGGAAGACGUGCGCCAGCCUCACAGCGUCCCGCGUCCUGCGUCCUGCCAGCGGCACCAUGUUGAUGAAGGAGUACCGCAUCUGCAUGCCUCUCACCGUGGAGGAGUACCGCAUCGGCCAGUUGUACAUGAUCAGCAAGCACAGUCACGAGCAGAGUGAGCGCGGCGAGGGGGUGGAGGUGGUCCAGAACGAGCCGUACGAGGACCCCGAGCACGGAUCAGGCCAGUUCACCGAGAAGAGAAUCUAUCUCAACAACAAACUGCCCAGUUGGGCGCGAGCGGUGGUCCCUCGAAUCUUCUACGUGACAGAGAAGGCCUGGAACUAUUACCCAUACACUAUAACAGAGUACACAUGCUCCUUCCUGCCUAAGUUCUCCAUCCACAUAGAGACCAAAUACGAGGACAACAAAGGGAGUAAUGACAACAUCUUUGCCGGCGAGCCCAGGGACGAGGAAACCGAGGUGUGCUUCAUGGACAUUGCUUACGACGAGGUCCCCGAGCGCCACUACAAGGAGUCGGAGGACCUGCGGUAUUUUAAGUCGAAGAAGACGGAGCGGGGCCUCCUGCAGGAGGGAUGGAUCCACACCCAGGAACCCAUCAUGUGCUCCUACAAACUAGUCACGGUCAAGUUCGAAGUCUGGGGCCUGCAGACACGCGUGGAGCAAUUUGUGCACAAGGUGAUCCGCGACGUCCUGCUGCUGGGACACAGACAGGCCUUCGCCUGGGUGGACGAGUGGAUCGACAUGACCAUGGAGGAGGUCCGGGAGUUCGAGCGGGCCACGCAGGAGGCCACCAACCUGAAGAUCGGCACCUUCCCUCCCACCAUCUCCAUCUCCGAGACCCCGCUGGCGUCCUGCGCCCGCAGCGGCCCCAACAGCGCCCCGUCCACGCCCCUCUCCACCGAAGCCCCCGACUUCCUCUCGGUGCCCAAGGAGCGUCCGAGGAAGAAGUCGGCUCCGGAGACCCUGACCCUGCCGGACCCCGGGCGCAGGGACUCCCUCUUCAAACUGCCCAGCUUCUUCAGCUGGAACUCCAGUCCGCAACCGGAAUGAGGGGCGAGCAGCGGCGCCCGUGAACGCCCUCCGCCUGUGGAUCAGUAAAGGAUGCCUGCCCAGCGCGUCCUACAAUGCUCCCUCACCCACCCGCCUCCCCCCGCCAGCUGGAGCCAGGCCGACACGCCACUGAUCCCAGCCCCACUCCGCAGACCAGGAAAGCCGGCCGGCACAGACGGCUCCACGCCCGGAAGGCGUCAAUCCACGUCCAUCCCACUGAGAGUCACACCCGUUCAUUCCCUCCCGUCUCCUCGUCACACCAAGCAUCAGGCAGCGCAGAGUCCAUUUAGUCUGACAGCGCGUAGCAUUUACUCCUCAGAGUGUUUCGUCCCACAGAACCUCCUCGUUUUCAUCCAAGCUCAGGGUGUUUUGAAGCGAUAUGGUGUCGGUGUGAGGUGGUUGUGUGUCCUUGUAUAUACGGUGCAGUAUGAACAUUAAAUAGCGAUAAACAGGAUGUAACCAGUGAUGCUGCUGCUAUGCUGUGUUUUAUUAGUCAUGACGUCUGUACGUGACAUUUGUAAAUGCAUGACCUGGGCCACAGGAGCUGCUGCUGGGUAGUUGUGAUUUUCCUUUGCUAACUCGGCCUCGUUCGGGAUGUUGUUGCGCUUUCACAGCCUGGUCGUGUCGUCUGUUGUGUUUUCUGCUUCCUUCGCUCUAACUGUGAUGAUUUGUAGUCAUACUGUUGGUGGGUUUUAUAUUCAGUACAUGGAAUUAAAUGCUGUUGUGUCCAUAA